AUGAUAUCGGUAAGAUUCUAUGGAACUACAGCAUAUCUUAUAGACAAAAGUCUUAUACCAAUAGUUUUGUUAUGGUUAGACCCAGUUGUUGGAUAUAACUUCAUAACAUAUGGUUCGUUCGACUCAGAACGUUGCAGUGAAGGCUUACUUUACAUCGUUCAGAAACCGAAGGACUUCAAUACAAAGAGAUAUAAGAUAGGAAGAACAUAUAAUAUAACUCAAAGAUAUGACAGUACAGUCAAUAGAGUCAAGGUUGUGUUUGUUAACGAUAUGAGAGCUGCUGAAACAGAACUACUUGAAAAGUUUGAGAAAAUGUAUGGUGCUCCCACGAAAGGUAAAGAAACGUUUGAAGUAGAUGAGAUAGAUAAAGCUAUAAAAUUAUUUGACGAAGUUGCUGAAAAAUACAUGUAA